GCAGCGCAGCGGCGGAACCGCGGAGCCAUGAACCAGAGCGCCGGAGCCGCGCAGCACACCGGGAGCUUCUCCCUGGACGAGAAGGACUUCGGGCCGAUCGGACCGGACCGGAACUGGAAGGGAAUCGGCAUCUCGCUGCUGGUCAUCAUGGCCGUCCUGUCCUGCAUCGGCCUGUCCAUAGUCCUGCUGUCUCACGAUGGGUCCGGUAGGCCGCUGGCCGCGCCGCUGGCUCUGGAUGACCUUUUCCAGAGGAGCUUCCAGAUCCACGAUCCGGAGGCAAAAUGGAUCAGUGCGCAGGACGUGGUCUACCGCAGCUGGAGCGGAGACGUUUUCACGCUCAACGCCUACAGCAACGAGACCCAGCUGCUGCUGAAAAACUCAACGUUUGCAACGUUUAAGGCUACUAAGUUUGCAGUUUCUCCAGACAAGAAGUUUGUUCUGCUGGGAUACGACGUUCAGCCGGUCUACAAGCAUUCCUUCCUGGCGUCCUUCCUGAUCUACGACCUGUCCACCAGGGAAGUGUGGGAGCUCAACCCGCCAGAGGUGUCGGACUCCGUCCUGCAGUUCGCCUCGUGGGGCGUUCAGGGCCAGCAGCUGCUCUACGUCUUUGAGAACAACAUCUACUACCAGGCCGACAGCCGGAGUUCCUCCUGGAGGCUGACGUCGUCCGGACAGGAAGCCGCCAUUUUCAACGGCAUCGCAGACUGGCUGUACGAGGAGGAGGUGCUGGACUCCCCGGUGGCCCACUGGUGGUCCCCUGACGGCUCCAGGCUGGCCUACCUCAGCAUCAACGACUCGCUGGUCCCCAGCAUGAUGCUGCCUCGCUUCACCGGCUCGCUCUACCCUCGAGGGACAGAGUACCCCUACCCCAAGAUGGGGCAGAUCAAUCCCAGCGUCAGCCUCCAUGUCGUCUCCUUAGACGGCAGCUCCGCCUCCACCCAGAUCAGGCCUCCUGACAGCCUGGAGAACAGUGAUUUCUACGUCACCAUGGUGAAAUGGGUGACCCGGCAGAACCUGAGCGUCCGUUGGGUCAAUCGAGCUCAAAACAUGUCGAUUCUGUCUCUGUGUGACGCGUCGGCAGGCGCCUGCGUGACGAAACACGUGAUGACAUCAGAGGCGUGGCUGGACCGGCAGGUCAGGGUUCUGAUGGUUCUUCUAUUCUUAGACGGGUUUUAAUGCCGCAUGUUGAUGAAUCAGCAGCUGGUUGUGGAUGUUUCCUGUUCCUGAACAGACUCUUCCUUCAGAAAGGAUCCAGUCGGAACAUUAUCUGGAUCAGCAAACUGGUUUC